UGCAGUGAGCCGAGAUUGCACCACUGCACUCCAGCCUGGGUGACAGAGCAAGACUGUCUCAAAAAAAAAAAAAAAAAAAAAUUAGCUGGGUUGAUGGCACAUGCCUGUAAUCCCAGCUACUUGGGAGGUUGAGGCAGGAGAAUCGCUUGAACCUGGGAGAUAGAGGUUGCAGUGAGCCGAGAUUGCACCACUGCCCUCCAGUCUGGGUGACAGUGAGAAUCGGUCUCAAAAAAAAAAAAAUUAAAUAGGGAACAAGACAUUUGUUCAAUGAAAUCCUAAGUAACCAUUAAAAACAAUGGGAUAGCUUCUUAUGAACUGGCCUUCCAGCCUAGAGUGCAGUGGUACAGUCUCGGCUCACUAAAACCGUCACCUCCCAGGUUCAAGCAAUUCUCUGCCUCAGCCUCCUGAUAGCUGGGAUUACAGGCAUGUGCCACCAUGUCUGGCUAAUUUUUGUGUUUUUAGUAGAGAUGGGGUUUCACUAUGUUGGCCAGACUGGUCUCGAACUCCUGACCUCGUGAUCCACCUGCCUCGGCCUCCCAAAGUGCUGGGAUUACAGGUGUGAGCCACCACGCCCGGCCUGUUUAUGACAAGUUAAAGAAAGAGCAUGUCAGGGGCCUGACAUGGUGGCUCACGCCUGGAAUCCCAGCACUUUGGGAGGCCGAGGCACGUGAAUCAGGAGUUCAGGGCCAGCCUGGCCAAGAUGGUGAAACCCUGUCUCUACUAAAAAUACAAAAAUUAGCUGGGCAUGGUGGCGGAUGCCUGGAAUCCCAGUUACUCGGGAGGCUGAGGCAGAUAAUUGUUUGAACCCGGGAGGCAGAGGUUGCAGUGAGCCAAGAUCAUGCCAAUGCACUCACUCUAGCCUGGGUGACAGAGUGAGACUACGUAUCAAAAAAAAAAAAAAAAAAAAAGCACAUGUUAGAACAAUAACAUUAUGAUCUCGUUUCUGUAAAAAUUAAAAAGAAUGGGCUGUGCAUAUAUAUGUAGGUAUAUACAUUUACAUCUGCAUAAGCAUAAAAAUAUCUGGAAGAUAGCACCCACAGUGUCAACAGUGGUUUCCUUUGAAGUGUAGGGUUUAAUUUCUUCCUUAGUUUGCUCAUUCAUUCAUUCAGUAAAUGUACACUGAGUGUCUACUACACGCUAAGCACUAUUUUAGGCACUGAGGGUACAAUGAUAUGUAAAAUCCCUGUCCUCAUGGAGCUUACACUCUAAUGCAGGAAGACAGACAGUAAAGAAACACAAUUAUAGUAUCUUGGAUGGUGAUAUGUGCUAUAGAGAAAAAUAAAGUAGAGAAAGGAGAUGGGAGGGCGGUUUGCAGUUUCAAAUAAAGUGGAUUGAAAGUGUAGAGGGAACAUUUUAUAUGUUUGUAUCCUUAAAUAAUUGGUAGGAUUAUCAAGUGUUUUCCUUUCUUAUCAUGUGAGUAGUUUUCUGUAUAGCCCAAAUAAACAGUAUAAAAAAGAGAAUAAAAAGUCAUUUUUUUCCCAGAAUUAAAAUGCUUGUUUACUUAUUUGUAUUUAGAGAUGGGGUCUUGCUCUGUCACUCAGGCUGCAGUGCAGUGGCAUGAUCAUGGCUCACUACAGCCUUGACCUCCUGUGCUCAAGUGACCCUUCCACAUCAGCCUCUGUAGAUGAGACUACAGGUACACACCAUCAAGCCUGGUUAAAUUUUUGGGUUUUUUUUUUUUUUUUUAAGAGGUUGGGUCUCACUAUAUUGCCCAUGCUGGUCUUGAACUCCAGGCCUCAAAGGAUCUUCCUGCCACGGCCUCUCAAAGUGUUGGGAUUACAGAUGUGAGCCAUUGCUCUCGGCUGUUACUGUUUUUUGAUUAACAUUUAAUUGUACAUGUUUAUGGAGUACGAUUUGAUAUUUUGAUACAUAUAUAUGUUGCAUAAUGAUCACAUCAGGAUAUUUAGCAUGACCAUCAUUUUAUUUAUUUAUUUAUUUAUUUUUGAGGUGGAGUCUCACUCUGUUGCCCAGGUUGGAGUACAGUGGUGUGAUCUUGGCUCACUGCAACCUCCACCUCCCAGGUUCAAGGGAUUCUCCGGCCUCAGCCUCCUGAGUAGCUGGGACUACAGGUGUGUACCACCACGCCCGGCUAAUUUUUUGUAUUUUUAGUAGAGACGGGGUUUCACCAUGUUAGCCAGGAUGGUCUCGAUCUCCUGACCUCAUGAUCCGCCCGCCUCGACCUCCCAAAUGCUGGAUUUAUAGGCGUGAGCCGCCGCGCCCGGCCCACUUUAUGCAUUUAUAAUUUCUUUGUGGUAAGGACAUUCAAAAGUCUCUCUUCUAGCUAUUUUGAAAUAUACCGUAUCAGUGUUACUAUUAACCAUUGUCACCCUACUGUGCAAUAGGAUACCGGAAUUUAUUCCUCCUUUUCCUUUUUCUUUUUUUUUGAGACAGAGUUUUACUCUUGUUGCCCAAGCUGGAGUGCAUGGCACGAUCUUGGCUCACUGCAACCUCUGCCUCCCGGGUUCAAGUGAUUCUCCUGCUUCAGCCUCCCAAGUAGCUGAGAUUAUAGGAGAAAUAACUUUAUUUGGACUGAGAGCUGGAGAAUGAGAAUAGGACCUGAGACAGCAUACUGGGCUAAGGAGGAGAGGUGUUUGAGCCCAGAUGAGUCAUGGCUGGACGACCCCUCCGCAUAGGAGAUCAGCUGGUUCUGGAAGAAGAUUAUGAUGAGACCUACAUUCCUAGUGAGCAAGAAAUUCUUGAAUUUGCCCGGGAGAUUGGUAUUGAUCCCAUCAAGGAACCAGAACUGAUGUGGCUGGCGCGGGAGGGCAUCGUGGCCCCACUGCCUGGAGAGUGGAAACCAUGCCAGGACAUCACAGGUGACAUUUACUAUUUCAACUUCGCCAACGGGCAGUCUAUGUGGGACCAUCCAUGUGACGAACACUAUCGGAACUUGGUGAUCCAAGAGCGGGCAAAGCUGUCAACUUCUGGGGCCAUUAAGAAGAAGAAAAAAAAAAAGGAAAAGAAAGACAAGAAGGACAGAGACCCCCCCAAAAGUUCUCUGAGCCCUGACGAGGAGCAGUCAGAAAGUGAAGACUACUCUGAGGACCAGAGGUUCUACCAGCACAUCCUGCAAAUGGUCAAGAUCUCCAGGUGGCCGGAGGGCCUGGGGCUGCCUGAGAGCAUGCAGGACAUGCCGUGCAGACACAGCGCCAGCACAGUCUGUUGCAUGGCAGCUGAGUCUUCUAGGAUGUCUAGUGAGGGUGAGCACGAGGCCAUCAGAGUCAUGGAGAGGGACUCGAGGUUUCUGUCAUGGGAGCCAGAGCUGCUGGAACAUCCUCAGGAGGUGGCCCUCGCCCCUGCUUGGCAAGAGGCCUCUCAGCAAGCCCAUUUCCAGCCAAGCAACAGCACCCUCAGGCAGGGGCUAGUCCAGCAGAGCUCCAGCGGAGGGCUUACUACAGAGCCAGGCAAGAUGCAGCAUCUCAACCAGGCCCUGGGUUCCUCAUUAGCCCCAGUUCAUGUUCCUCUUGGGGGCCUGGCUCCUUUACGAGGUCUUGUGGAUACCCCACCCUCUGCUCUUCGUGGAUCUCAAAGCGUGAGCCUGGGGAGCUCAGUGGAGUCUGGACGUCAGCUUGGAGAACUCAUGCUGCCUUCACAGGGUCUCAAGACCUCUGCUUAUACAAAGGGUCUCUUGGGCUCCAUACAUGAGGACAAGACUGCUCUCAGCCUCUUGGGUUUAGGAGAAGAAACCAAUGAGGAGGAUGAGGAGGAAAGUGACAACCAGAGUGUCCACAGCUCAAGUGAGCCUCUUAGGAACCUACACCUGGACAUUGGGGCACUGGGGGGUGACUUUGAGUAUGAGGAGUCUCUGAGAACAAGCCAGCCAGAGGAGAAGAAGGAUGUUUCUCUGGAUUCAGAUGCUGCCGGUCCCCCUACUCCCUGCAAGCCCUCCAGCCCAGGUGCAGACAGCAGUCUGAGCAGUGCUGUUGGCAAAGGGCGACAGGGAAGUGGGGCAAGACCUGGGCUUCCAGAAAAGGAGGAAAAUGAGAAGAGUGAACCUAAGAUUUUCAGGAAUCUGGUGACCCCCAAGGCAGACCCUACAGGCAGUGAGCCUGCCAAAGCCUCUGAAAAGGAAGCACCAGAGGACACAGUAGAUGCAGGAGAGGAGGGUUCCAGGAGGGAAGAGGCAGCCAAGGAGCCAAAGAAGAAGGCUUCUGCUCUGGAAGAGGGCGGUUCAGACGCCAGCCAAGAACUGGAAAUUAGUGAACACAUGAAGGAACCACAGCUCUCAGUCUCCAUAGCUUCUGACCCCAAGUCCUUCCAUGGCCUGGACUUCGGUUUUCGCAGCCGGAUCUCGGAGCACCUGCUGGAUGUUGAUGUGCUUUCCCCAGUCCUGGGUGGAGCUUGUCGGCAGGCCCAGGAACCACUGGGAAUAGAAGACAAGGAUGACAGCCAGUCCAGCCAAGAUGAGCUGCAGAGCAAGCAGUCCAAAGGCCUGGAGAGGUACCAUAGUUCUCUUCCUGCUCUCCAAAUGGAGGGGCCUGACUCUGCUGCUCUGCCCGGCCUGACCAGGUUAUCUCCUCCACUUCCACACGAGGAGCGGGCCCAGAGUCCCCCUCGCAGCCUGGCCACUGAAGAAGAGCCCCCCCAGGGCCCCGAGGGGCAGCCUGAGUGGAAGGAGGCAGAGGAGCUUGGGGAGGACUCUGCAGCCAGCCUCAGCCUGCAGCUGUCCCUCCAGAGGGAGCAGGCCCCAAGCCCACCUGCUGCCCGUGAGAAGGGCAAGGAGCAGCAUUCCCAGGCCGAGGAGCUGGGCCCUGGGCAGGAAGAGGCAGAGGAUCUUGAGGAGAAGGUGGCAGUCAGCCCCACCCCGCCAGUCUCUCCAGAGGUGCGAUCCACAGAGCCUGUGGCUCCCCCAGAGCAGCUCUCAGAGGCUGCACUAAAGGCCAUGGAAGAGGCAGUGGCCCAAGUACUCGAGCAAGACCAGAGGCACCUGCUGGAAUCGAAGCAAGAGAAGAUGCAGCAACUGCGGGAGAAGCUGUGCCAAGAGGAGGAAGAGGAGAUCCUCCGGCUUCACCAGCAGAAAGAGCAAUCUCUCAGUUCCUUGAGGGAGCGGCUGCAGAAAGCCAUUGAGGAGGAGGAGGCCCGGAUGAGAGAGGAGGAAAGCCAGAGGCUAUCCUGGCUCCGAGCUCAGGUCCAGUCCAGCACACAAGCAGAUGAGGACCAAAUCAGGGCUGAGCAAGAGGCUUCCCUGCAGAAACUGAGAGAAGAGUUGGAGUCUCAACAGAAGGCUGAGAGGGCCAGCUUGGAACAGAAAAAUAGGCAAAUGCUGGAGCAGCUCAAGGAAGAGAUAGAGGCUUCGGAGAAGAGCGAGCAGGCUGCCCUGAAUGCUGCAAAGGAGAAGGCUCUGCAGCAGCUGAGAGAGCAGCUGGAAGGGGAGAGGAAAGAAGCUGUGGCAACGCUGGAGAAGGAGCACAGUGCUGAGCUGGAGCGGCUCUGCUCCUCAUUGGAGGCCAAGCACCGGGAGGUGGUCUCCAGCCUCCAGAAGAGGAUAGAGGAAGCUCAACAGAAAGAGGAGGCCCAGCUGCAGAAGUGCCUUGGGCAAGUGGAGCACAGAGUUCACCAGAAGGCUUAUCAUGUGGCUGGGUAUGAGCACGAGCUCAGCAGUCUCCUGCGAGAGAAGCGCCAGGAAGUGGAAGGGGAGCAUGAGAGGAGGUUGGACAAGAUGAAGGAGGAGCACCAGCAAGUGAUGGCUAAGGCCAGAGAGCAGUAUGAAGCUGAGGAGAGGAAGCAGCGGGCUGAGCUUCUGGGGCACCUGACCGGAGAGCUGGAGCGCCUGCAGAGGGCCCAUGAACGAGAACUGGAGACUGUGAGGCAGGAGCAACACAAGCGUCUUGAGGACUUGCGGCGCCGGCACAGGGAGCAGGAAAGGAAGCUCCAGGAUUUAGAGUUGGACCUUGAAACCAGAGCUAAAGAUGUCAAGGCCAGAUUGGCUCUGCUGGAGGUCCAGGAGGAGACCGCCCGGAGGGAGAAGCAGCAGCUGCUUGAUGUGCAGAGGCAGGUUGCUCUGAAGAGUGAGGAAGCCACAGCCACCCAUCAGCAGCUGGAGGAGGCACAGAAGGAGCACACCCACCUGUUGCAGUCAAACCAGCAGCUCCGAGAAAUUCUUGAUGAGCUGCAGGCGCGCAAGCUGAAGCUGGAGUCCCAAGUGGAUCUGCUGCAGGCUCAGAGCCAGCAACUGCAGAAACACAUCAGCAGCCUGGAGGCUGAAGCUCAAAAGAAGCAGCACCUGUUGAGAGAAGUGACAGUUGAGGAAAAUAAUGCUUCCCCACAUUUUGAGUCAGAUCUCCACAUUGAGGACCUGAGGAAAUCUCUUGGGACAAACCAGACCAAAGAGGUGUCUUCUUCUCUCUCCCAGAGCAAGGAGGACUUAUACUUGGACAGCCUGUCCUCCCACAAUGUCUGGCACCUCCUCUCUGCUGAGGGGGUAGCCCUCCGUAGUGCCAAGGAGUUCCUUGUGCGGCAGACACGCUCCAUGCGGAGGCGGCAGACAGCUCUGAAAGCUGCCCAGCAGCAUUGGCGCCAUGAGCUGGCCAGUGCGCAGGAGGUGGCCAAAGACCCACCAGGCAUCAAGGCCCUGGAAGAUAUGCGCAAGAACCUGGAGAAGGAGACCAGGCACCUGGAUGAGAUGAAGUCGGCCAUGAGGAAAGGCCACAACCUGCUGAAGAAGAAAGAGGAGAAGCUGAAUCAGCUGGAGUCCUCUCUUUGGGAAGAGGCCUCAGAUGAGGGCACUCUGGGAGGAUCCCCCACCAAGAAGGCAGUAACCUUCGACCUCAGUGACAUGGACAGCCUGAGCAGUGAAAGUUCUGAAUCUUUUUCCCCGCCUCACCGUGAGUGGUGGCGGCAGCAGAGGAUCGACUCAACCCCAAGUCUCACCUCCCGCAAGAUCCACGGGCUUAGCCACUCCCUCCGGCAGAUCAGCAGCCAGCUGAGCAGUGUCCUCAGCAUCCUGGACAGCCUCAACCCUCAGUCGCCGCCGCCGCUUCUCGCCUCCAUGCCAGCCCAGCUCCCUCCCCGGGACCCUAAGAGCACCCCCACCCCCACCUACUAUGGCUCCCUGGCCAGGUUCUCAGCCUUAUCAUCUGCUACACCCACGUCCACCCAAUGGGCCUGGGAUUCAGGGCAGGGGCCCAGGCUCCCCUCCUCUGUGGCUCAAACGGUGGACGACUUCCUGUUGGAGAAGUGGCGCAAGUAUUUUCCAUCUGGCAUCCCGCUGCUCAGCAACAGCCCCGCCCCGCUGGAGAGCAGGCUGGGUUACAUGUCUGCCAGUGAGCAGCUCCGGCUCCUACAGCACUCCCAUUCCCAAGUCCCUGAGGCGGGCAGCACCACCUUUCAGGGCAUAAUUGAGGCCAACCGGAGGUGGCUGGAACGUGUCAAGAAUGACCCCAGGUUACCUCUCUUCUCUUCUACACCCAAGCCAAAAGCUACUUUGAGCCUCCUGCAGCUGGGCCUUGAUGAGCACAACAGAGUGAAGGUGUAUCGCUUCUGAGGCCCUGAGCAGGGGCUUGGGGCAGCCCAGCCUCUCCUCCACCCAGACCAAGUGCCUGAGGAGCUGCCUGCCUUCUUCCAUCUGAGGAAGCACCCUCCUUCCCCCUUUGACUUGCAGGAGCCACCAGGGACCAGGGGGUUGAGUGGAACAGUAAAGCCACACAUUCUGUGACUAUAUAACCUAUCUUGGGCUAAAAUGUGUGGACUUGUACGAGCUCUUGUCAUUGACAUGGCAAGCUGAUGGUGUGCGGUGGCUGUGGGGUAUCAGGGCCGGGAGCCCUUUGGGAGGAAGGGAGGCGUUAGAGGAGCUGCCUUCGGAGGCUCAGGGAGUCCCCUUUGGAGCUGGUUGUUUCCUUGGCCCUGCAGCGCACUGCUCGGGGCUCCCAAGGAGGUUGUGCAUAUGGUUCUUAGUUCAUCAGGACAAAGACCCCCAGCAUGUGUGUACCCUGGGACCCGGUUUCUCUGGGCCCACAUCUAUCUCCAAUACCUCAGCCUCAGAUCGGACCCUUUCUUUUUUGUCUUUCUUCUCUUAAUUUUUAAAUGCCUCUUUUCUUGAGCAUUCCAUCUCUCUUUUUAACUCUCUCAGGAUUGGGCUUAGCUGUCCAGAGCCCUGCCGGAGGGUGCUGGGGGCUGUCCCUCUGCAGGCACUGUGUUUUCCUCGGGGGCUGUCCUCAGAAGCACCCCUCCUGCUCCCUGGGGCUCCUCAGGGAGCCAUUUCAGCUGGAGUCUCAGGUCUCAAACACAGCUUCUCCGGGAGGCCAAAAAAAGACUGGGAUGGCUUCUGGUCCUCAUGACGGCUUUUAUCCUCCUGGGACACUUUGGGUAUAUUCAUGGGCAUUGUUUCCAUCUGUCUUUUCUACCUGUGCCACCCCUGCCCUGAUUCCACGGCUGCCUCAGGCAGGCAGGCAAGGGGCUAGGCCGGUGCCCGGCCCUGGCAGCAAGGGGUCUUUGUGCAGCUGGAGAUGCUGCCGUUGUGGCAGAGCGUCCUGCAGCCCCGCUUCCAUCAGCAGGCUCUGGGGUGGGGGCUUUGCACGGGAUGCUCUCUCAUGUUUGUUCCAUUGUUUAAAUAAAAUGCACUUAUUUUUGUUUUUUUUUUUGCAA